AUGCCUUAGAGCUCGAGAAAUAAUAACUGUUUAAUUAAAAGUUAAAACAGAAAAGGCCGUUAUUCUCACCAUUAACCAAACAUAUUUUUAUAUAAUUUUUAAUUAUAAAAUAAAAUAGAAAACUAUUGUCAUAAAACAGAACCAAAGAGUCUUGAACCUCUUUCAUAAUCUGGUGCGAUUGCGUAAGUAUGAGAAGAGAUACAAGCCGAACACCCUCCAUCUCAGAAAAAAGAAAACAAAAUAGUUCAUAAUUUCCUUUUUUUUUUCUUUCCUUUUCCUCUCUUGUUUAAAGCCCAAACUAUUCAUUCCUCCUCUUUCCUCUUCUCCUUCUCUUCUUUAGAGUCCCCUUUGUGGUGUUCAUUUUCCCUGUGCAAUACGUUGAUGGGUUUGUUUGAAUCUAUUGCCACAGUUACAUGCAUUCCCAUUUGGUCCACAUUACAUCUAAGAUCACAGCUCUAGCAAGAUCAGGUCGCAUUGCAUUGGCACGUAAACUGUUCGAUGAAAUGCCGCACCGAGACUCAGUUGCUUGGAAUGCAAUGCUCAGUGGAUAUUCUCAACUGGGUCUGUACCCCGAAGCACUCUCUCUGUUCCACCACAUGAGAAUCACCAACGCGAAGCCCGACCACUUCUCUUUCACCGCCACUCUGAGUGCGUGCUCUGGUGCUUGUGAGCUCCAUUAUGGACAAAAAGUUCAUGCCUUGGUUAUUGUUUUUGGGUAUUACUCUUCAUUGCCCGUGAACAAUUCGCUUAUUGAUAUGUAUGGGAAGUGUUUGAGUCCUCAUAGUGCCAAUAUAGUCUUUGAGGAGAUGGGCUUUUGGAAUGAAGUGUCGUGGUGUUCGCUCUUGUUUGCGUAUACGAAUGCUAGUCUAUUUGAUGUUGCUCGUGAAGUUUUAGAUGCUAUGCCAAAAAGGGUGUGUAUUGCUUGGAACACUAUGAUUGCCGCUUAUGCUAGAUUUGGGAAAAUUGAAGUGUGUUUGGAUUUAUUCAAAAGAAUGCUAUAUGUUUCCUGUGAGCCGGAUCAGUGGACAUUCAGUGCCCUCAUGAAUGCGUGUGCUGAAUCAGGAGAAUGUUGUUACGGUCGCAUGGUGCAUGCAUUUGUUUUCAAGAGUGGUUGGGGCUCUGCAGCAGAGGCAAACAAUUCAAUUCUUAGUUUUUAUGCCAAAUUAAGUUGCCAGGAUGAUGCUGUGAAGGUGUUUGAGUCCAUUGAAACUCUAACUCAGGUGUCGUGGAAUGCAAUUAUCGAUGCCCAUAUGAAAACAGGAGACACGCAUGAAGCAUGCCUUGUUUUUCAGCAGGCGCCCGAGAAGAAUGCUGUUUCAUGGACAUCUAUGAUAGCUGGGUAUGCAAGAAAUGGGCAUGGAGAGGAAGCCAUAAGCUUCUUCGUUAAUAUGAUGAGAAAUGGUUUCCAACCGGACAGUUUUACAUUUGGGGCUGUUCUGCUUGCAUGUUCUGAUUUGGCAACAUUAGGACACGGUAAAAUGGUCCAUGGUUGUGUAAUUCACCAUGGUUUCCAUUCUUAUGUUUAUGUUGGCAAUGGCUUAGUUAAUGUGUAUGCUAAGUGUGGGGACAUAGAAGGUUCGAGCCGAGCCUUCAAUGAUAUUCUUUACAAGGAUAUCAUCUCCUGGAAUACAAUGUUGUUUGCAUAUGGGUUGCAUGGAUGGGCUGGCCAAGCUCUACAGCUUUACGAAGAAAUGGUUUUAUCCGGUAUCAAACCAGAUGAAAUGACCUUCAUUGGUUUGCUGAUUACUUGUAGCCAUUCAGGUCUUAUAGAGAAAGGUCGAGCUCUUUUUGAAUCAAUGAGUUCAGUGCAUGGGCUUUCCCCCAACAUGGAUCAUGUCACAUGUAUGGUUGAUAUGCUUGGCCGAGGAGGGUACUUGGAAGAAGCAAGAGAAUUCGCUAAUAACUACUUGGGAACAGGUACAGCGAAGAUCAGCUCACUUGAAGCUCUUUUCGGAGCAUGUACAGCACACGGAGAAGUGAAAAUGGGGGCGAGGUUAGGGGUGGAUUUGAAGGUUUUGGAGCCUCGGAAUGAGAUGAAUUUCGUGCUGUUGUCGAACUUGUAUUGCGCCAGUGGGCAGUGGAAGGAAGCAGAGGUAGUUAGGAAGGCAAUGGCAGAUGAAGGGGUGAAGAAGCUGCCUGGUUGUAGUUGGAUUGAAGUGAGAAACAAGGUGAUGGCUUUUGUGUCUGGGAGGCAUUCACAUCAAGACCUGGAAGAGUUAUGUCCAGUACUUCAGUGCCUCGAAUAUGAAAUGAGAAACCCAUGCUCUAUUUUUGUGGGGAUGGAAGAAUUUUGAAAAAGAAAAAUUUCACUUUAAAAGGGUUCGAAUUUUACUAGAGAGAAUUAAUAUUUGAAAGUUGAGUAUCUUUAUAUAAGGUAAAUAUUUGUUUUAAAAUUUAAUCCAAGUGUACUCUUAAAUUUCCCUUUAGGGUUAGGAUGGUCAUUAUCCCAUUAUGAAACUUGUAUCCCUUUAGGGUUAAAUUUCCCUUUAUUGAUAA